AGGGCUGGGUUUUUGGCAGGCUUACCAGGAACAAAAAUGUCUAUGGCUGGCAAUUUCUACCUGCACUACUAUGUAGAGCACAAGGGCAAGUUUGGGCAUGAGUUUCUGGAGUUCGAAUUUCAGCCAGAUGUAAAGCUUAGAUAUGCCAACAACAGCAAUUACAAAAAGGAUGUCAUCAUCCGAAAAGAGGCUAAUGUGCACAAGAUUGUAAUGGAAGAACUGAAAAGAAUUAUUGAUGACAGUGAAAUUAUAAAAGAAGAUGAGGCUUUGUGGCCUCCCCCUGACAGGGUUGGCCGACAGGAGCUUGAAAUUGUCAUUGGAGAUAAACACAUAUCUUUUGCCACAUUAAAAAUAGGUUCUCUUAUUGAUGUAAAUCAGUCAAAGGAUCCUGAAGGUCUUCAAGUAUUUUUCUAUAUCACAUAA